AUGAAGUGGACUGUUCUCAUUCUACUACUCACUCAGGCAGGAUGGACGUCGUCCUGUGUUUUCGACAGAGUGGAGGAAGUAAAAGGCAAAUGGAUUACCCAUUUAAGUGGAAACAUCAACGAUUGCUUUGCUGCGUGCUAUGAGGACGUGAGAUGCAUCGGAAUAAGGCACCAGAGUAUAGGCUCUGGCACAUGCGAAAUGCUGGAAGCUGGGAACACUUCAUACAAAGAGGACCCAAUCGUCGUUGCCUAUAGCCUUCUCCGCGAUGAUGUAGAUCCGACGUGCCAGAAGUUUGUGAAUUUUUAA